CUCAGGGGUUGGCCUGGUGGUAAUUGGCUUGAGCCUUGGGGUGCUCCCUUUCAAGGUCUCAAGUUCGAAACCCACUGGGUGCAAACAAUUUCUGAGGGCCAUCGGACUGGGGUAAAACCCUGAAUUACGCGUGGUGCACUUGCGGGAAACUCCUUGCCGAGGGCCUGUGCACCCCCGGGAUUAGUCGGGGCUCAAAGAGACCCGGACACCCGGUGCUUAAUAAAAAAAAAAACUAUAAGCUUUCUGUUGUCUUGAAGCAACUGUCCAUUUGAGCUUAUCAAAAUUGGAACUUUAUCCUAUUUUCCAAAUGAUAUCAAGUUAUCUUGUUGUGUCAAACUAAACACAAAACAAUGAAUCUCUCAACUGCACCUAUCACUAUCCUCCACUUUCUCCCAAACUCAAAUCCCCCUUACAAACUCAUCCAAACACACCCUUCUUUUUCCCUCUUAUCCAAAUGCAAAAACAUGAAAGACCUCAAACAAGUACAUUCACACUUCAUCAAAUUUGGUUUACACAAUACCCAAUUUGCACUAACCAAAUUACUUGAAUUUUGUGUCACUAAUCAAAAUGGUGACUUGUCAUAUGCUUUGUCAAUCUUUAACACUACUCAAGAACCUAAUAUAGUUAUGUAUAACAUGACAAUUAGAGGAUACUCAUUAAGUUCAUCACCCAAUUUAGCUAUUGAUUUCUAUGAAAAAUUGCUUUUUUCGGGUAAUCAACUGAAUUCUUAUACAUUUCCUUUUAUUUUGAAGUGUUGUGUGAAAAUAAUGGAUACCCAAAUGGGGAAAAUGAUUCAUGGACAUGUUUUUAAGGUUGGGUUGAUGAAUGAUGUUUAUGUACAUGCUUCACUUAUUAAUAUGUAUGCUCAAACUGGUGAAAUGGAUGAUGCUAGGUUAGUGUUUGAUAAAAGUUUUCAAAGAGAUGCUGUGUCUUUCACGGCGUUGAUCAAUGGGUAUGCGCUGAAGGGUUGUAUCGAUGAUGCUCGUGAACUGUUUGACCAAAUGCCUGAGAGAGAUGUUGUUUCGUGGAAUGCGAUGAUUUCAGGGUAUGCUCAGAUGGGUCGGUUUGAGGAGGCGUUAGCGUUGUUUGAGGAGAUGAGAAAUGUGAAUGUGACACCUUCGGUGAGCACGUUGUUGAGUGUUCUCUCUGCUUGUGCUCGUGCAGGUGAACUUAAACUGGGGAAUUGGGUUCGGUCGUGGAUUGAUGAUCAUGGUCUUGGUUCGAAUGUUCGUCUUGUUAAUGCACUUAUUGAUAUGUACGCAAAAUGUGGCGAUGUUAAGACUGCAAGGAUGUUAUUCGAGGGUUUAGAGGAGAAAGAUCUCGUGUCGUGGAAUGUUAUGAUCGGGGGUUAUACACAUUCGGGCAAUUAUAAAGAAGCGUUGGCUGUUUUUCAUCGAAUGCAGCAUGAAAAUAUAGAUCCUAAUGAAGUUACUUUGUUGAGCAUCCUUCCAGCUUGUGCACAAUUAGGUGCUCUAGAUCUUGGCAAGUGGAUACAUGCCUAUAUUGACAAGCAUUAUCAACACUUGAAAAACACUUCUCUAUGGACUAGUCUGAUAAAUAUGUAUGCAAAAUGUGGAGCUAUUACAGCAGCAAAACAAGUCUUUCAAGGAAUGAAAACUAAAACUUUAGCUUCUUAUAAUGUGAUGAUCUCAGGAUUAGCAAUGCAUGGGGAUGCAUAUGAAGCUCUGGAGCUUUUCCGGAAAAUGACAGAGGAAGGAAUGAAACCAGAUGAUAUAACAUUCGUUAGUGUUUUAACAGCGUGUAAUCACGCUGGUUUAGUGGAUCUCGGUCACGAAUAUUUCAAUAGCAUGAUCCAAACCUACAAGUACACACCAAAAUUGCAGCAUUAUGGAUACAUGAUUGACCUUUUAGGACGAGCAGGAAAAUUCGAUGAAGCAAUGGCCAUGAUCGAAAGCAUGGAGAUAAAACCGGAUGGUGCAAUAUGGGGUUCGUUGCUAGGGUCUUGUAGAAUCCACAAAAAUGUUGAGUUGGGUGAAUAUGCUGCCAAGAAUCUAUUUGAACUGGAACCUGAGAAUCCUGGUGCUUAUGUGCUCUUAUCUAACAUCUAUGCAGGUGCUGGACAAAGGGACAAAGUAGCAUUGGUAAGAACUUUUUUAAAUGAUCAAGGAAUGAAGAAAGUUCCUGGUUGUACCUCCAUUGAGAUUGAUAGAGUAGUUCAUGAGUUUCUUGUUAGUGAUAUAAAACAUCCGCAAAGUAACGAGAUUUAUAACAUGUUGGAUGAAGUUGAUAGGCUAUUGGAAAUGGCUGGCCAUGUUCCAGAUACAUCAGAGGUACAUUAUGAAAUGGAUGAAGAGUUGAAGGAAGGAAAGUUAAGUCAACAUAGCGAGAAGUUGGCAAUUGCCUUUGGAUUGAUCAGCACAAAGCCUGGGACAACUCUUAGGAUUGUCAAGAAUCUUAGAGUGUGUGGCAAUUGUCACGAAGCAACGAAGCUGAUAUCGAAGAUAUUUAAUAGGGAGAUUAUUGCAAGAGAUAGAAAUCGAUUUCACCAUUUCAAGGACGGUUCUUGCUCAUGCAUGGACUAUUGGUGAAGGAUUGAUAAAGAUCAAAGCAGAGUGAUGGCUCAGUUUAUUGCCAGAAUGCUCUCAUUGUGGAAAUCAAAUGAUAAUAGCCGAUAAGCUGAUACUUGUAUAAGCUGAUAAAAUAACUUGAGGUUCCUGAUUUAUCCAAGAUGUUGAUCAUUAAGAUGGACAUAAAUUUUGCACAUACUUCUUCUGUAAACUCCCUUGAUGGAUUCAAACACUGCAACAGUCGUUGGUAAGCUUUAUAAAAAGAUGUUGUAGUCUUGAAAUGGUCA